AUGGCAGAAGGCGCUUCGGGGCUACCCCGGUUGAAGCAAUGCCUGGUCAGGCGGGCAGGCCAACAGGAACAGCAUGGGGUGGCCGCCUCCACUCUCCAGGAACUGAAGAUUAAAGCCUGCAACCUGCUCGCAAUUGACUUGGAUUCCCAGCCUGUCACUUUGGUCCUGGCGGGAGAUGGCACCAUAGUAGACGACGACGAUUACUUUUUGUGUCUGCCCCAAAACACCGAAUUUGGGGUGGUAGCCAAGAAUGAGAAAUGGACCGCCAGCAGCAACACAGGUGAGGGCACAACUUGGCUAGAGGAAGAGAUCACAAACACAAAUGAAGUGGACGGCGGUGGAGAAAAAUGGCAGGUUUUGGCCAGGCAGCUGAAGAACGACUUGUCCACCAUUGUGCUGAUGUCUGAAGAAGACCUCCAG